AUGAGUUACAAGGCAGAGCUAAUAAUCACUGCCGCAACGGAUCUCCACGGCAAAAUCGCCCGCACUCACGAGAACCUGAUGAAGCUGGGCGCUGCCAAGAUCACGAUGGGCGCCGUGGAAGCGCGUCUGCAGUCCUUGGAAAAAGGCAAUGCUUACCUCGGCAAUAAAGGGCUGCUGUUGGACCUUCUGCGUAGCCUCAAGACUGAGGAAAAGGAAGCUAGCACGAAGGUGUUAGAGCCGUCCUCACAAGCUCCUCGCACGACUCUUCCGAGGAUUCAGCUACCUCAUUUCUCCGGAAAUGAGAACUUCGAGCGCGCAUGGGAUGUUCUCGUUACCUACUAUGAGAACAAGCGGCUCCUGGUGCGCAGUUACAUCUCCCAGUUCACAUCACUCCAGAAGCUGAAGAACGAGUCCGUGGUGGAGCUGCGCAAACUCUGCCAUAGCGUGAAGAGCACCGUAGGCUCACUGGAGAGCAUUGGGCGCCCGAUCACGGAGGGCGAAGAUCUUUUCCUCUUCUUGGAUCGUCGGCUUCACACAUUGGAAUCGUUGCAGCCAGUCAAGGCCGAGGCCAUCGCUUCCAAGCCGAAUCCGAGUCUAACACAGAAGACCCGCACUCUCCACGCACGUAAGCAGGACGGUAAACGAGGUCGCUGCUCCCUAUGUGUCCAGGAUCACUAUAUAAUGUUCUGCGAUCUCUACCAGAGCAAGACGGCGGAGGAAAAGAGGCGUCACAUCGAGACGAACGAUUUGUGCCUGAACUGCUUGGGAAAGCACAAGGUAAGCGAGUGUACCUCCCAAAAGACCUGUUCGUUGUGUCGCGCGCGUCACCAUUCGACCCUCCACGAGGCAUGUUCAACAGUCGAAGGCGCUAAGACGUCGCACUUAGCGCAACAUAAAACCGAGGCAACGAUGUCAGUGCUCCUCGCUACCGCACGCGUUCGCGUCAUGGACCGGUUCGGCCGCGUGCACACAGCACGCGCUCUGGUUGAUCAGGGCUCGGAAUCCUCGCUAGUUUCCGAGGCUUUAGCCCAGCGUCUUCGUCUGGGUCGGUCUCCUACCUCCGUCGCCGUAUAUGGAAUCGGCGGCAAGCAGACGGGCCUUGCACGCGGUCAGGUCACUCUCCAGAUCCGCUCUCUGUGCGACGGGCCCUUAAUAAACGUGACCGCCUUGGUCUUCCCCCAGCUCACCCUCUACGAAGGCGGAAUCAAGGCCGAUCGUCGAGCGUGGACGCACAUCCAUGGACUGGAACUCGCCGAUCCGGAUUUUUUGGCAACGGAUCCUGUGGACAUUCUUCUAGGAGCUGACGUCUACGCCAUGAUCCUCCAGGAAGGACGGCAGGGGAAAUUGCGAGAACCUGUGGCGCAAAAGACGGCGUUGGGCUGGAUAUUGUCUGGGGCCGUCGGUACGACUUCCACAUCGCGCCAUGCUUCGGCUCAUCAUUGCCUAGUCGAGGAAGAUCUGGGCGCUCUCGUACAGAAGUUCUGGCAGCAAGAAGAAUUAUCCGAUGCCGCUGUAGCUCUCUCGCCCGAGGAUCAAGAGUGCGAGAACUUCUUCCGCCAAACACAUUUGCGGUCCGCGGACGGCCGGUACGUCGUACGCCUGCCGGUCGUUUCCCCGCUGCCAGACUUCUCGGCAAUGCGCUCCACGGCGCUGCGAGUUCUCUUCAGCAUGGAGAGACGUUUCGCUCGGGAUCCUCCCUUUCAUGCUCUCUACGCGGACUUCAUGCGGCAAUACGAAGACUUGCACCAUAUGUCUCGCGUGACUCCGGACGCCACAUCACGUAGGCCGGUGCAUUACUUGCCGCAUCACGGCGUCCUGCGAAAGAGCAGCGUCACCACGAAGCUGCGCGUGGUCUUCAACGGUUCAACGCCGACUGCCUCGGGCAAAAUCUUGAAUGACCACCUAAUGGUAGGCCCGAACUUGCUGCCUCCGCUCGCCGACGUGCUACUCCGUUGGCGACAGCACCGUUUCGUCCUAGCCACCGACGUCGAGAAGAUGUUCCGGCAGAUCCUGGUGCAUCCGGACGAUAGAGAUCUGCAAAGGAUCCUGUGGCGUGAUUCCCCGCAAGGCAGCCCUGCGGAAUAUCAGCUGAGCACGGUGACCUACGGCCUGGCGUGUGUGCCGUUUCUAGCAAUGCGCGCUCUGAGACAAUUAACCGAAGACAAAGGAAAGCAGUACCCUCUGGGAGCGGCCGCGCUUCUACGAGACGUCUACAUGGACGACAUCUUGACCGGAGCGUCGACGAUUACGGAGACCCAGGAAAUGUGCAGCCAGCUGUCCAGUAUCUGCAUGGCGGGCGGCUUUCCUCUCCGGAAAUGGUCAGCCAACGACUCAGCUGCGAUCUCGGACAUCCUGCCGGAGCAUCGGUUGCAGCGCGAGACCCGUGACUGGCGACCGCACGAGGCUCACUCCACCUUGGGAUUGCAGUGGCACCCCGCCACGGACGACUUCUCCUUCGCCACCCGGCACAUUGCGCUGCCAUCCGUCACCAAGAGAUCCGUGCUGUCCUUGGUGGCGCAACUAUUCGACCCUCUCGGCUGGCUAGCGCCGGUCGUGGUCCGCGCCAAGAUUGCCUUCCAAUCAACUUGGCUUCAAGGACUCGAGUGGGAUGCCCCGCUCGACGACGCCUCCGCGUCAGCCUGGGUCGCCUUCAACGCCCAGAUACCAACACUCGAGCAAAUCCGAGUACCUCGCUGGAUCAAUCUGAAUCCAUCUUGCACCCGCGUCGAGUCUAGUCACCGCCAAAACAAAGGUCACGCCGCUCAAACAGGUGUCGUUACCUCGCUUGGAGUUGAGCACCGCCGUGCUUCUCUGCCGCCUAGCCAAGCACGCCAUGGAAAUCCUCUAACUGCGCCACUUCACUUGUGGACGGACUCCACCGUCGCGCUGGGCUGGAUCCGCGGCCAUCCAUCCAGGUGGCAGACCUACGUCACGAACCGCGUCUCCGAGAUCCAGAGGACCACCCCGCAGGCUGCGUGGCAUCAUGUACCAGGCCAGGACAACCCAGCCGACUGCGCUUCCCGAGGUCUCUCCCCCAAGGAACUGCUGGGUCAUCCGCUGUGGUGGCAAGGUCCGCCCUGGCUAAGGUUAGAAGCCGCCGCAUGGCCGACUGCCGUCGAUCACAUCACCGAGGAGCACCUGCCGGAGAGGCACACCCGAAUCCACGUCAAGGCCACAGCAACAUCGACGAGCGAGGCCACCGAGUUGGUGCGAUUCUCCUCCCUGAAGAGACUCCUACGCGUGACAGCCUGGUGUCGACGGUGGCUGAGAGUGAAGGAAGGCCAUGCCACUUGCACUCACCGGAGCUUCCCCGGACUCCGUCCGCAGAAGAGAUAG